GAAACGCUGUUGGAGCAGUUGUGUUUCCCUCAAAACUAGCUUCAUGGCUAAAUAUGUCACGUAACUAAACAUAAAACUUUGCCUCAGACAGCGGGCGCACAUAUAUCUACCGCUAAAGCUAAACCUCUCAUACGGUUAUGACGUGACCGUUAACCGACCCCGCGUUUGUAACGUUUUUCAAUCCUCCGCAUCACUUGAGAAAAGUGUCUGUACUGAGCAGGAUGCUAGCAUGUGUCGUUAGCAAACCACUGCAGGAAAUUAGCUCGUUAGCUUAGACAGCCAGCCAGGUAUUAGUAUGAGGCUUCAUGCUUCCUCUUUAUGCUCAUACUCGAUUUAAAUAAGCCGUGCGAAAUGGACACCGAGGCGAUAGUGAUCCGCAUCAAGACGCCGUCAGGGGACAUGGACUCGGCCGUUGACUGUCCAUCUCUUCUCAACUUCAAUGACUUGCUGGUCGCCAUCAGAGAUGUGAUGCCUGAAGCCACUGUCACAGCAUUUGAAUAUGAAGACGAGGUGGGGGACAGAAUCACUGUAAGAAGUGAUGAAGAACUUAAAGCCAUGUUGUCAUAUUACUUCAACACAAUGAAUGAACAACGCAUGAAUGGACUGCUGCCGGACCCUCUACAGAUUUUUCCACGAGCCGGCAAGACUCCAGGGAUCCGGAACAUACAUGGCCUGAAGGUUAAUACAAGACCUAACCCAGGCAAUGACUGCACCCAUGUUGUCCCAGACUCCAUGGCCAACAACAGCUUAAAAAAAUCAUCUGCUGAGCUGAAGAGGAUCCUGACAAAUGGGCAGAUAAAUGCCCAAGAUAUCCACUAUCAAGAGCAGCUUGGCCAUGGAAACGGAGGCACAGUCUACAAAGCGUACCAUCUUCCUAGCAAGCGGGUAUUAGCUGUCAAGGUCAUUCCCUUGGAUAUCACGGUGGAACUACAGAAGCAGAUCAUGUCAGAAUUAGAAAUACUCUACAAGUGUGAUUCACCCUACAUCAUCACUUUCUUCAGUGCCUUUUUUAUCGAGAACAGGAUAUCCAUAUGCACAGAAUUUAUGGACGGUGGGUCUCUGGACGUGUACAAAAGAAUUCCAGAGCACGUCCUGGGGAGGAUCGCAGUUGCAGUAGUCAAAGGCCUGACCUAUCUGUGGAGCCUGAAGAUACUUCACAGAGAUGUCAAGCCUUCCAAUAUGCUGGUGAACACCCGAGGACAAGUCAAGCUCUGUGACUUUGGUGUCAGCACACAGUUGGUGAACUCUAUUGCCAAAACGUACGUGGGAACAAACGCAUACAUGGCACCGGAGAGGAUAUCAGGAGAACAGUAUGGGAUCCACGCAGAUGUCUGGAGUGUGGGAAUCUCUUUCAUGGAGUUGGCGUUAGGAAUGUUCCCCUAUCCACAGAUCCAGAAAAACCAAGGAUCUUUAAUGCCUCUCCAGUUACUGCAAUGCAUCGUUGAUGAGGAUCCUCCAGUUCUUCCAGUCGGCCAGUUCAGUGAGAAGUUUGUCCACUUCAUAACUCAGUGUAUGCGACGGCAACCCAAAGAGAGGCCUGCCCCUAAUAACCUCAUGGAUCACGCCUUCAUCAUACAGUUUAAUGAUGGUAAUGCAGAGGUGGUGUCGAUGUGGGUCUGUCGCUGUCUGGAGGAGAGACGAGCUCAGCAGGCUCAGGGACACGUCUGACACCCUCCUGCUGUCCGCCCAGGAUGGACCAGGACGUUUGAUCCCAAACCUUGAACACUUAUCAAAGGCUUCAGGGUCAAGUACGUCCACAUGCACUGUACAAGUGACUCGAUGUACACGGACAAAAAUCACUAGAUGUUACAAACUUUAUGUGAGUAAUUCUUUAUUUAACAGCACUUGUGCGUCGUGACAAUGAAGAGCUCACAUCUUCUGAACUUUGCUUCUUAAUCUCUGCAUCCAAAAAGUGCACAGACGUCUGCGCUUUCUUUCUAACGUGGGUCUCCAUCCACAGCUUCGUCCCCGCGUUUUUUGAGAGUAUACAGAAAUGCAGUGAGCACAUCACGGCCUGAUGAAUGGAGAUAAAAUGGUCCCGAUUUAAAGGAUCAGUGACAAGAAACAACUUCAAAGCAUCAGACUGCAAUACGCUGUCAGAGCAACGCUCUGUUUCUGGGAUGGUAUCUCAAAUAACCGUCUUGUGCUUUACUGUUGACAGCCCUCUAUUGAAUGUUUAAGGUUUUUGCCUGUGAGUAAUAGCCCAUGUGUGUGCCUGUUUUUCCAGUGGUGUAAUUUAUUACCUCAGAAAACUUAUAUUGUCACUGUAUUAGCAGAACUUUCCCCAACAGAUUACCUGUUUAAUUUCUGGACUAAAACAUUUGUAUCCAGUUAUAUCCUAAUCUUAUGAGGUCAGGGUAUUAAAAGAAUACUUCACCUGCUAAAUUAUAAUUUGUAUAUAAAUUACUCACUGCGUGUUACAUUGAAUUUGUAAAGAAAACGUUUUUCUGCUAUGCUAAGUCAAACAUUCUUCAUGUAAAUGGGGACCAUGUUUGACAACAGCAACACUAUAUCAAAACAACUGUUUACAAACUCUAAAGCGGGAUUUAUACUUGUGUGUCUGCUUUAUGCAGAGCCUACGCACAUGGCCUACACCGUUGUGAGCAUUUUUACUUGUGCGGUGGUGUAUCUGUGUCAUUCUGCCGUUACACCUCCAAAAUACAAGUCGGCGGCAGAGGUUUCUGUUAAGUGCUGUGAAGUUGAGUUGAUUUAGUUGAAACACAUUAAACAUGGCUUAAUGAAGUCGAUUUCAAACCCAAGUACACAAAUCAGCUUCACUAUAACUCACAGCAUUCACAGACAAAGCACUCUUUUGCUGGACAAAUUUUCCCACAAAUACAACAUGCUAAUGUUUUUAGCACAAGCCUAUGGCGUUUUACAUACAAUUAGCCUAGCGGCUAGGGGACUUUUCCUCUACUCAUAUGAAGCCAGGGACAACAACAACUUUUAACAAAGGUAACUUUACAAAAUUCAGGUCCAUUACAACUCACAAGGUUCACUGACAAAAAGGACUGUCUUUCCUGAACACGUUUUCCAAACAAAUUUAACAUGCUAACGUUAUUAGCACAAACUUAUGGCAAUUUAAAGUGUAUAAAUUAGCCUAGCAGAGAGUUCCUCUACUCCUAUGAAGCCAGGAUAAAUAACACACAAGACUUAUAAUGCUAUUUUAGUGGAGGCUUUAUUGUCUUCACAAUUUAUUGUUUCUUAUCUGUAAAAUUAAGGCAAAUAAAAGCUUCAUUUCCACUGAGGGAAAUGGUUUCAGCUUACAAAAACAGACAGGAGGUCUGCAUCGCUGUGACAUGUUACAUUUCUGGGGAGGCGCACAUCACGGCGUAGGGUACGGCUUCGAUUCAACACAGAAGUAUAAAACUCGUGUAGUAUAAUCCAAAUCACAUUUAUUCAGUUAUAUGCUCAGUACUUCCCGAAAACAUGCAUUUUCGCCAAGACAUUACUAUAAAAAACACUUCUGCCUAUUUGGCAGUGCAUGAGACUGUUUGUACUGAUGUGUUAAAUGUUUUAGUAAAAAUAAGUACUGAGAUUACGACUGGAUUAAUGAGACUUGGAUUAUACUGCACGAGUUGUGUGAACAGAUGCUUUUAUAGUUUUUCUGUCAUUAAACAUGGUCGCCUUUUACUUCAAUUCAUGAAGAAUGUUCACCUUUUUUGAUUCUCCAUUCACUGAGGAGGCGUGCCAGAAAUUUUUCUUCACAGUUCAAAGUAACAUGCAGUGAAUAACUGAUAUACAAAUGGUCACUUUGCAGGUGAAAUAUUCCUUUAAGUGGAUACAAAGCUCUGUUUGUCUUCAAGUGGUGUUUAGGUGAACAAAGAGCCUGCAGUAUCACUGAGUUUGAAGCAGCUCUGCAGUUUUCCAGAGUGCAAUGAAAAAUUGACAUGCAACGUUUCUUGGUUCUUUAGCUUAUGACCAAACAAAUAAUUCUUCAGACUCAUCUGGACGAACCAGGGUUUCUUUCCAUCUAGGUUUUUAGUUUUAACUGGGUUGCACAUCUUUAACUUCUUUUUGCACGGACACACCUGACAUUGAAUGCCACUGAGUGACCUGUUGGAAAGGAAAUUAUGCUGAAGAAGUUCUUCAGUUUCAUUCAGCAGCUAUUUGUUUUUCUGAAAAUCCAUAAGAAUAAGAGACGAUUGACAAGAAGAGAAACAUAACAGAAACCAUAUCUCUUCCUCCCUGUAUAAACCAACACAAGUUUUUGUUUUAUCCACUUUCUCUUUACUUUAGAAAGAUAUAUCGUGUACUAUACAGAAAGUAUGUUGUUUUAUUGGAUUGCCAAAUGAGAUCAGUUGAUAUGCUGAAGAGGGAAAACAUUAAUGCAGUGCACUUAACACCAAAGACCACUGACGAUCCAAAUGGUGAAUCAUACAUAUCUCUCAUGACUGAGGCAAACAUAAUGGGUGAAGUGACUAAAGUGAUUCGUUUUGGCAAGGUCCUCAUGUGCAGCUGUAUAAAUGUGCAGAGCUCAAGUGCAAUUAAAGAUUAUUUUUAUUGGCAUUUUGCCUUUAUUGACAGGACAGAAGGUGAAAUGGGGAGACAGAGAGUGGGGACUGACAUGCAGCAAAGGGCUGCGAGCCAGAUUCAAACCUGCGGCCGCUGCAGCAAGGCAAUGCCUCUGUACAUGGGGCGCCGGCACUAUCCACUAUGCUACCGACGCCCCAAGUGCAAUUAAAUAUAAUUUCUCCCACAAAGGAAGCAGUAAAUGCACCCUACAGUGACAUGUUGUGUACAGUGUGAACAUCGCUGGAAACGAAUGUAACGGUAGUAUAUCAGCGCAACAGAAAAGGCUUAAAGCACCAGUUUAUUAUACGUGUGGUGAGUAGUUUCUUCAGUACACUGUUCAAUGUGCUUUUGUCCUCUGUAACAAUGAGGAGACACAUGGAUGGUAGAAUUUAAUCACUGGCCUCUUGACUGAAAAUCAUCGCAAACUGAAAACACAUUUGUUUUUUGUAGAACCAAACAUCGUGUCAUUCAUAAUUUGGGAACUCCUUAAGAUAUCUUACAGUUUUACAUUACCAAGCCCUCAGCCGGUCUAUUGCUUUCAUCAUUUUGAUUAUUAAGUAUGUGAUUUCCAGAAUAGGUGUUUCAUUUAGCAUUUCUGCUACUUGAGUAACAUUUACUUUCAUCAAGAACUGACACGACUCCAGAUAGGAAAGAGAAGGAAUACUGUAUGUGUAGGGAAUCCAAAGCUGUGUCCCAGCUCCAUACUACAUACUGAUUCCUGUAUGUGCUGCAUGUAUGUAUGCAUGAAAUAAUUAGCAUACUGAAAGAUGCAAAUAUGGAUAAUAAAUUUGCCUGAUUUUUUUGUGAUCUUGAUGGUCACUGUUGACCCACAUUGCAAUGUUAGAAAACUAUUGGAAGAUUGUGGUGCUGCAGCUCGAGAAACAUCUUUAAAACAAUAAAUCCAAUUUCGCAAUUCAAAAAAAAAGCUUUGGGCCCUGAUCACACAGAAAGCUUUUUAGCAGCUGGAGGGGCCUUUUUGCAAAAAAAUUUGAAAAAAAAAUUAAACUCAAAGCGGAAGAACGCCCCACGUCAUCUCUCUUUCAUCAUCUUUUUUCCCUUUGUCCAGUUGGAUGAUUUGAGAGGCAGGCCAUCUGUGGUGGUCACGACAACAAGUUUACUAGCCUCUUACACAGACACUGAUGACGUCAGCACGCUGGCUGACUCUGUCGUCUGUGGACAUUUCCCAUAGGAAAGUUGUAAUAGAACUAGCGCUGGCUCCCAGCAGCAGUGAUGUGAUUGGAUCCAAAUCUGUGUACUUCCGUACUUCCUCGACCAACGGCUGAUUAGCUUUGCCUUACACCCGCCUACACCGGAAUUGCUGUUCCCUGAAUUGUUGUCCGUAGUACAAGAGAAAAGGAAGUGUUCAGUGCAUCGCAAGAAGAGAUUAAAAUUGAUAUGAUUUAUUUGGUUCAGCUAUAUUGCAGAGCUGCAACGUCCACAAGAUUGGAGAAAUUAAGGAUUUACAGCGUGCCGUACCUAUGGCAACGCCGUCACGUGGUCUGGAUAUCCCCGCCCAUUUCUGUUACAAAACAAAAGAUGAAUGUCCCCAGAGUCCCAUUCCGAAGUAAGGGAAGCUGGUCACGCGAGACUACAAGUUUACAGUUGGUAAACAAUGGAGGAGAAACUGGUCGCAGCAGUUGCUGGAUACCCAGAGCUAUAUGGCCCCACGAUAGACAGCAGGAUGUCAAACUGCCCCCGAGUCAUCCUAAAAUAUGCCUGGAAACAGCCAGCAACGAGGAGAAGCUCCUGGACCAACUGGUGGUGAUCCCUGUCAUCCACCCUCUUUUUAAGGGUCUUGUGCACCCGCACAGAACUUCGUUUCCCUGUGCCCGACAAACUUUUAACUGACAGCCUCUCACCCUCAACCAGAGCUACAGACAGUUCCCUCUGCCUCAACAUUUUAGGCACUACAUACUGAUCACUGUCUUCUAAAUAAAAUAAAUAAAGUGCGGCAGUGCAGCACACCUCGCGUUUCCAACCUGCAAAAUGCUUUCUGUGUGAUCGGGGCCUAACUCAGGGUCAACUCGAGGCUUUUUCUGCAAACCAUGGGUACGUUAAAUUUGUGCAUUAUUUUGUUAUGGAUAUGUUGAAACUUCACCUUUCUCAACAAUGCUGUGGCGAAGUCAUGGUUAGGUUUAGGCACAAAAAUCACUUGGUUAUGAUUGGAGAAUCAUAUGAUUGGGGAAUCAGCCACAAUGCUGAAAACACUGGUGGAAACAUCAUGAAGGGUUGCUAAAAAACAACAGAUCUGUUGUUUGUUGGUUUUGAACAGUUGUCUGCAGUUUGGCAGGUGUCUUUCACAGGUGACACCCCAUCCACCAUUUCUUCUAUUGCCCGAUGACACAGUCAGCUUAUACAAUACGUCACUUUAGAAACAUUGAUAUGAUAUGUAUGAAACUUGCAAAUGUAACGUUCUUGUGGUUUGCAGAAACGUACAAUGCCAACAUUUUCUUCUAGCAACUGGGCUGUCCAGAACUUGGACGACCACAAGAUGCAGUUGAAAGUUUGGGUAAAAGCCAAAAGUGUAGCACAGUUUUCAAGGUGAAAAAUGAACAUUUACUCUUUGGACAAAUGUCUUGCUUUCUGUUGAAGAUUCACAAUAUUACAUUGGCAGGAGUGUUCAGACUGCAGUCUAAUAAAUGUACAUCUGUGCAUAAUUUGUACAAUUAGUACAAAACAUUUUGACUACUACCUGCAAAAUAGUGAACCAUGAAAGUUACAUAGUGCAUGAUAUCAAUACAGUCUGUAGGAUGGAGUUUGGACACAGCACCUCAGUGCGGUGGUAACCACUAUUUAUUGUCAAGUGAUUGGUUGGGGUAGUUUAACGGUUGGAGUGAAACCUUUAGUUGCAACCUCUGCUGGUUGUGCUCAGAGCUCAUUACGAAAAAAUUGAAUUUUAUAUGUGAUCCCAGCCUACAUUAAGGGUCCAGUGUGUAGGAUUUAGGUGAAUAUAUUGGCAGAAAUGGAAUCUAAUAUAAUAAGUAUGUUUUCUUUAGUGUAUAAUUGAAUAAGAAUCAUGUUUUCAUUACCUUAGAAUGAGCCAUUUAUAUCUGCAUAGGGAGCAGGUCCUCCUCCAUGGAGUCUGCCAUGUUGCGUCACCAUGUUUUUACAGUAGCCCAGAAUGGACAAACCAAACACUGGCUGUAGAACAGGGCCAUUCACAUUUUUGUGUCACUCACCAUAGAUAGCAGCCCCUUCAUGAGGAGCCAAACAGCAUCAGAGAUAUACCGAUUUUUUUUUAACGUGGAGCUGCUUUAUUCAAUGUUUUUACCAGUUAAAAUCAUUGGGUCUGUUUGUUUUUGAGAGGAAGAGACCUCUGCAUAUAAUUCAGCUCCCAGGAAAAACCUCCUGAAUGGAUCUUAAGUUACAGUAUCGGAGAAAAACAUCGAGCACAGAUUAACCAAUUUUAAAACUGGUCCAUUUGUUUUGAAGAGGACGAGCCCUUUGUGGAUAAUUUGGCUCUUGGUAAAAAUCUGAACAAUGAACACUGAAGGAAUCCUAACUGGGAGUUCAUGUGUUGCACACGGGAGAAGUUUCAGCUGGUUGCAGUUUUCACUCCUCAACACUAGAUGCAUCUAAAUCCUACACACUGCUCAUUAUAAACAUUAAACAGUUCAUCACUGGUAAUAAACUCAUACUACAAAUGUCCUUUAUUCUGUGUUUCAGUUGUUAAGGGUUUAGUUUGUGAUCAGUCAUUACAGACAAAUUGUUUGUGAACUGCACAACCAGCGGAGGCUCUAUGUGUCAUGAUUCAUUAGUGCCAUUAUUUUUGCCUCAGAAACCUAAAAAUGAGGCUAAGCCUUUUUAGUUUGAUGUACAUUAAUAUACUCUUACCUUAACUUCAGGGGGACUUCUGUGCAAGAUGCCAUUCGUUUUCAUAAAAAAAAAAAAAAAGGAAUGCCACUUUGAAACUUGGUGAAACUCAAAAUUUUAAAUUGUUCAUGAAAUACGUCAACAUGAAGUUUCCAACUGUUGUGCAUUGAAUAGAAUAUCUACUUUACAUUAUACCACAUAUAUUGUUAAUUAUAUUAAUCUAACUGUCAAAUUCUACUGUAGUAUUAACACAUCCACUAUAUUGAGUUGGCCUUAAAUGUAACUGAAGCUAUAAAUACUUUGCAGUCUGGUAAAACUAUGUGUGAAAUAAGAAGAGUGUGUAGUGGCCACUGGUUACUAAUGAACACUCUGCAAAUGUUAAAUAUAUUCUUGCAACUCAAAUAAAACCAAAAAGAUAAAAGCAAUUCACAUUUCUGAGCAGAUGCUCUGUAAGCUCCACAAUGUGCUCAUUGACUGUGAUGUUUAAAAACCAAUCUGAGGUAUCAGUGGAAAUAUUUAUUAUGUUUUUUACUUUUCAGCUUGUGACUCUUGCCCUCUCAUUUUUCCUGUUUUUGCUGGAACCACAAAGCAUUAAGUCAGUGAUGGGACUCAGCAGAAAAAAUAUUAGUGCUGCGAUAUUACUGGCUGAUUAUGGCCUUUUCUGUAACUAUCAGUGUUGGCACAUAUUCCAACCAUAAUGCACAAAUAGAAUAAAUAAAAAGUAUUUAAACAGAAUCACUUGGGUAAGUUUGGGA